AACAGAAAUCAUAUGAAAUAUUUGGUGGAUAUGUUGUUGAAUGGGUUGGGAUUCAACAGCUGUAUCCUCAUCCCCGAAGCCGUUUGCGCCACAUUUGGUGCCGGACUCUCGAGUGCUUGUGUUGUGGACGUCGGACACGAAAAGACAAGCAUUUGUUGUAUUGAAGACGGGUUCGGUUCACGGAAUACACGCCUGACUCUAGAUUACGGCGGAAGUGAUAUAACACAACUGUUUCACCACUUAUUAAAGCAAAAAGCCUUUCCCUAUGACUGUAAAGCGGACACACGAAUCGGUGCUUUAUUUCUGGAAGAAUUGAAGCAAAAGUUAUGUCAUUUGAAUUUAGAUGUUUGCGGUCAUCAGGAGAAACAUUUUCGAGUUACUGUUCCCGAAGAGCCAGUACUCGACUAUACAAUACUUGUUGGCGAAGAAUGCCUUUUGGCGCCAUUAGCUCUCUUUCACCCGGAAUUGUUUGCGUUGACUAUGAGUUUAGGGAAACGAAUGCGAAUUCUGGGCCGAAAUGAUGGUCACUCUGAAGACCCGUUCGAUGAGAACUAUUUGAUUCAAACAAAGAGGAAAUACGGAGAAAGUAAUGACAGUUUC